UGGUGACUCCUCCUCCUACGUCACGGCCCAGCCAGUCUGGCGGGGGCUCGGCGCUGGGGGCGGGCGUCCCGGUCCUGCCCGGCCUGCAGUGCGCCGAGGAGGCGGCGUAGGCAUGUAUCGGCUCCUGAUCACUAGCCUGGGCCGAGGCCUCCUACGAGCCGCGGGGCGGUGGCGCCCGUACUGCUCGGCGCGCCUGCUCCCAGGUCUGGCAAGAGGCUGGGCGCCCGAGGUGCAGGUGCCGCCUUUCCGAGUCCCGCCGCACGGCUGGGGCCUGGGCCUGCUGCCGCCGCUGGCAGCGCUCGCCUGGUUCUCGAGGCCCGCUGACGCAGAGGAGGACGAGCAGCAGCGCGCGGGCGGGGCCGCCGACGACGACGCGGCGGACGAGGCCGAGGCGGAGAUCAUCCAGCUGCUGAAGCGAGCCAAGUUGAGCAUCAUGAAAGAUGAGCCAGAAGAGGCUGAGCUAAUUUUGCAUGACGCUCUUCGUCUUGCUUAUCAGAACAAUAACAAGAAGGCCAUCACUUACACUUACGAUUUGAUGGCCAACUUAGCAUUUAUACGUGGUCAGCUUGAUAAUGCAGAAAAACUUUUUAAAGCAACAAUGAGUUACCUACUUGGAGGGGGCAUGCUACAGGAAGACAAUGCAAUAAUUGAAAUCUCUCUCAAGUUGGCCAGUAUCUAUGCUGCUCAGAAUAAACAGGAAUUUGCUCUUGCUGGCUAUGAAUUCUGCAUUUCAACUCUAGAGGGAAAAAUUGAAAAAGAAAAGGAAUUAGCAGAUGCCGUUUUAUCAGUGGAAGAGAAAGCCAAUACUCACCUCCUCCUUGGCAUGUGCUUAGACGCCUAUGCUCACUACCUUCUAUUCUCCAAGCAGCCGUCACAGGCACAAAGGAUGUAUGAAAGAGCUUUGCAGAUUUCUGAAGAAAUACUAGGAGAAAGACACCCGCGGGUAAAAUGCCAGGGAAAGGUGGAGGAAAGAAGGCAAGCAGGCCUGCAUAAAAAAAAGUUGAUUAUGGACAUGAAAGUAAGCACAGCAUGCAAGCUCUUUACAACAACCAUCGUGCUGAUGAGUGACCUGGCUACCACCCUGGAUGCACAGGGCCGCUUUGACGAGGCCUGUGUUUAUGUGCAAAGGGCAUCAGACCUGGCGAGACAGACAGAACACCCUGAGCUCCACAUGCUGCUCAGUAAUCUAGCUGCAGUUCUGAUGCACAGAGAACGAUAUGCACAAGCAAAAGAGAUCUACCAGGAAGCCCUGAAGCAAGCAGAGCUGAAAAGAGAUGAGGUUUCUAUACAGCACAUCAGGGAAGAGUUGGCUGAGCUGUCAAGGAAAAGCAGAUCUUUAACCUAAUUUGAUCAAACUCUAAAUGCCUUCUGUUGUAGGGAAUUUCCAGUAACACCUUUUAUCUAGUCUCAGCACACAAAUCAGUGGUCUAAUCCUUUGUCCUUGCUAUCCACUUUUCCUCAUCUUAGCCUGGUGAAGGACACACAUAUACACUGCCACUUUUCUAAAAGAAAACAACUUCCAUGCCUCACUGGUUCUGCCUUCUAAUGGGUGUCAUUUAUGUCUGUGCUGGGGUCUAAGUGCAGAUUAAGCUAGGCCAGUUUUCCUCUGGGGUGGAUAAUAAAAACCAUUAGUUAUUCAGCCAAGUACCUGUAUUGUAAGAUUAUAAUCCACUGAUUUGCUGCCCUCUUCUCUGUUUUAUCACUACCUGGCAGACCAAAGCUACCUGUCUUAUGGCAGAGAGCGAUUAUGGUGAGUUAUACUUCUUACCGGUUUCAUGGAAGCAUUGUGGUUUUUAAUGCAUACAGGAGCAAAAGAAUAUUUAUUUUUGCCACCAGCAUCCAGUGUGAAUUUUUAACAUGGGAAUUAGGCACUUGAAAGAUUUGAUAAUAAAUACAAGUGAGCUCUAUGUUUUUGCUUAUAGCUGGUUGUUUACAACAAUGAAACAGGGGGCAGAGGAAUGACAUAAACUCUUGUAGCUGUCUGAGCACUCCACAUCCUGUAUGGCUGAGCUGUGAAGGAAAAGUAGACCUUUAAUUUGAUCAAGCUCUAAAUGCCUUUGUAGGGAAUUUCCAGUAACACCUAUUAUUGUCUCACAAGCAUGAAGCAGUCACCUGGGGAGCUCUUUAGAGAUGCACAUGCCUUAGGUGCCCCCCAACCCUUCUGAAUCAGGGCAGGGCACCCCAAGUGCAGCAUUGAAAGCCCCCCAGUAAUUGUGAUACAGACAGUAGGAGAGUCACUGACCUGGGUCCUUGUCCUGAGUUUGGUUCUCAGUAUCCUCAUCUGUAAAGUAGGGGACAGAUGGGGUUCCCUCGAAAGCACUUUCUCACAUUGCCUCACAGUAUAUAAAGGAUAUAAAUACAAGAUACACAGACGGAUGUUGUUACUCAGCAGUCUUGCAGAGAGCCACUUGCCUAGGGGAAAGGCCAUUCUUCCUGGUCCCUCAAGGAAACAGUAUUGUUUGUGUGCCUUUGGGGUGGGGUGUGAGAGGGAAGGGAACCUGGCAUUUUUGGUUCCUGUGUACAACAAACUGGAAAAACCCUUUCAAAUAAACUAGAGACUCUGCAACAAUAAUGUAUUCCGUAAUCUUUUGAGUCUCUCAGAAAAUAACUUAAAGAGUUAAUAAAAUACUAGAAACCCUGGGGUCUAAAGCCUUAGGGAUUAGGCUAAAACUAGAGUUUCAUGCUUUACAGAUGUUUUUUCCCACUUCUGUUGAAGCUCGUUUAAUAUUUACCACCCAGCUAAUUCCUUUAAUCAAGUCUAACUUGGAGAAACUAAUAUGAAGUAGGUUAAGUUUCAGUGUAACCCAGUCUUAAUUUAUUGAUUAUUAAAAAUUUAUUAUUGUCAGCUCACCUUCUCCACUGACAAUGUUUUUACCUUGUCACAGCUGCCAGAGGUUACUGAAGUCAGGUUUUAAGAAAUCUUGGUCCCCUCCCCCACCCCCACCCCCACCCCUGCAAUGAUUCAGCCCAUGGUCCUGUCCCAGUGUGGGCAAACCUGCAGUUUACAGAGAGGCAGUUCUCUGUGCGGUGCCUCGGGGAAGGAGGUCACCGACGGCUGUAAAGCAAGGCAGCAAGCCUAGAAGAGCUGGCCUGAAUUCAGAGGGGAACUGUUACAACAGUGUAGUUUAUAUUUCUGAGUUGUAAGUAUUUUAAAAAUAGAAUCACUCAGCGUACCAAAAUGGAAGCAUUAUGAUGUCCAAUCAAACAUGCACAGAAAAUUUGGCUGUCAGAAUUUAUGUGAAUUCUGUAUUACGAAGACCUUCAUUUAGUUGCACACGUCAGGGUGUAGUGUCAGAACACUGAGAGCAUGGUGCCUCAGUUUACAGUUAACGUCUCACAAGCUACCAGUCGCUUAGUGCUGUGCUUCUAAUGGAGCUACCAGACGGUUUGCUCCAUUGGCAGGCCCUGCAUGAAUCCCGUCCUUUCACUGUUCUGAACUAAGAAAUGAUACUGGAUUUUAUUUCCCUUUCUGAAAUAACUUCUCCAGGUAACAGUAGAUGAAGUAAAGCACCCGCUCUGUGAUGAGGAUGGGGUUACUGGUUUACAGCUGCUCACUUUGGGUCCUUCAAGUAGACCUGCAAAAGUAACAAGUUAGGCUCCAAUCUGAUGUAUUCUCAAAAAAUUAUUCUUAGGAUAACUUACGACCCUUGGGGUCACAGAAAAAAAUGCCAUUAUAAACCGCUUUGGGUCAGUCAACAGUAUAAAUUAUUAACAAGCUCCAAAAUAUUAACAGUACCUAAAAAGUUUCAGCAGGAAACUGUUAAGUGGAACAUUUGGUUACUGUUUUCAUUCACAUUAAAAUUUUAUUAAAAUCCCAACUUUACAAGUGGGGAUCUGAUCCCUAAACCUGAUCUAGCGUUUGAGGACCUCAGGUAUACAAGACUGGAAACUAACAGGAGUGAAAGCUUUAACUUAAGACAAACGUGGAUUUAUGCCCUAUCAUUCAGUACUGAAUGAGCCCACAUCGUCCUCUAAUAAAGUAGAGAUUAAAUAUCAGUAAUACAGGGUGAUGUGACGGUCUCGAUCACACCUAUGAAACACUCAUUACAAAUAAGGCACUUACUGUAGACCUUUCUUUAGAGGCUUGACUACUUUUGUCAAAAAGUUUAAGUUUAUGAAAUAGGUGAAGGGGAUAAAGAGGUACAAAUUUCCAAUUAUAAAAUAAUUAGUUCUGGUAAUGAAGUACAGCAUAGGGAAUAUAGUCAAUACUAUUGUAUUUGUAUGGUGACAGAUGGUUACACAUGCAUUGGUGAGCACUUAGGAGUGUGUAAUUGUCAAAUGACUAUGUUGUACAUCUGAAACCAAUACAGUAUUGUAUAUCAACUAUAUUUCAAUUAAAAGAAAAGUUUAGAUCUA